AUGGGGAAUGGAAUAAACAAGGUGCUGCCUGAUCUCUAUCUGGGAAACUUCAAAGAUGCGCGGGACAAGGAGCUGUUGGCGAAGCACAAUAUCACCCACAUCCUUUCCAUCCAUGACACCGCUGCCCCCAUUCUAGAGGAGAUGAAAUACCUCUGCAUCCCUGCUGCGGAUGCCUCCAAACAAAACCUGACCCAGUUUUUUAAGGACAGCAUCAUUUUCAUCCACGAGUCCAGACUCAAAGGGAAAGGCUGCCUGGUCCACUGUGUUGCAGGUGUGUCUCGCAGCGUUACGUUGGUGGUGGUGUACAUCAUGACAGUUACUGGGCGAGGCUGGGUGGAGUCGUUAGCUGCGGUGAGGGUGGUACGGCCGUGUGCUGGACCUAACGUGGGGUUCUUAAGGCAGCUAGAGGACUUUGAGAAUCUAGAGUUGGCACAGUAUAGGGAAUGGUUUAAGGACAGGUAUAAGGAGAACCAUUUUAAUGAUGAAGAGGAGAUCAGAGCCCUUCUGUGGCAGAAGUCUCAGGCCAUCAGUGAGUCCAUAGCAACGGCCACGGCAACGGCGGCUCAGCUAGCCACCAGCAACACAUGACCCCAUGGUCUCCUGCCUGCUCAGCCCAUGCCAGACAGCUGUCACUCACCCAAUGCCCAGCCAAUCACUGUUUCUGACUUCAAUAUAUAUUGGUGGGACUGAGUUUCUUAUUCAGUUCAACCAACUGUAGGUUAGACCA